AUGAGUAAGAAUGAUGAUCUAGAUAAUGAUGAUGAGAUGUUUGAGAUAUCCAAAAGGUAAUAUAAGAAGAAAUCCAAUAAAAGAAAUAGAGCUACUUGCAAAGUAAAGAGAGAUGGUGAUAAUGAUAAUCUAAAUAAUUAUACUCCUGAACCAUUAAAUGAAUCAUCUUAAUUUGAACUUCAACCUAAUUCUGAAGAUGAAAAACUGAAUAAAAAAAGAUAAUCUAAUACUACUGCGAACUCAAAAAGAAUUAGAUAAAAAAAAUAACCUUAAAAGACAUAAUAAUAAUAAUAAGAAAUUUAAUAAGAGGAAUAAUAACCUACUAAAGGUGAUGAAGAGUAUUAUAAAAUAGCUUAAUUAACAUUACCCUUAUUCAUGCAACCUGAAAACAUUCGAGAUUCAAAAGGAAGACGGCCAGAUGAACCAAAAUAUAAUCCAUCUACUAUUUAUAUUCCAAAUGAUCAAUAUGAAAAAUUAUCACCAAUGUUAAAAUAAUAUUGGAAUGCAAAACGAAAUCAUUUUGAUUCUAUUUUAUUCUUUAGAUGCGGUAGAUGGAUAGCUGUGAUCUACAAUGAUGCAAUUAUAAUUGCUAAAAUAUUCAAUCGAUACUUAGGAUUUUGGGGAAAAGACAGACCAUGUUUAACUGUCUAUGAUAAUCAACUGCCAAUAUAUUAGAGAUCUUUAUUAGAAAAAGGAUAUAAAGUGAUGAUAAUUGAAUAAAUGGAGAAAGCAGAAUUGGCAUCUAAAGAAGAUGGAAAAGUUAUAAAAAGAGAAAUUACUUAAAUGAUAAGUAGAGGCACUCUACAAGAUUUAGGAGAAACAGAUUCUUAUGAAUAAAGAAAUCUAUUAGUGUUAGUAUAUUAAAAAAUACCACUCAAUUUAAAAGGCCACUCAUAUAUUUUUGGCAUUUCGAUAGUUGAUUGUACUACUAACGAAUUUUGUUUUGAUUAAUUCUAUGAUGAUGCUUAAUACAAUCGUUUAAGAUCUGUUAUUUAUAAUACUAAACCUGUUGAAGUCAUCUUAUGUAGAACUUCACCUGAAAUUGAAAAAAUUAUUAAGUAUAAUUAUAUAUCUUUAAUAAAUUUAGAAAUAUAUGUAACCCUACUGUUGUUCUGUCCAAUAAAUCCUUCAAAGAUUGUAAAUUCAUCUUUCAACAAUUAAAAACUGAAUAUAUGGAAUUAAGUAAAGAAAAAACCAUUAAUAAAUAAAAAUUAUUUGAUGGCAUAAUUAUACCUACUUAUAAACAUUAAUUUGAAGAAAAAAUGGAAAUUGACAUCAAUAAAGGAUUGUUUUCAAAUGAAAAAUAAGAGAUUCGAGAAGAAUAAAUUGUUGAGAAUUAUUAAUUGAGUUAGGAUUAUCCUAAUUUAUUAAUAGAAAUGGAGAAACAAUUUUAUCAUGAAAAAAAAUAAUCAGAUAAAGAAGAUGAUGAAUCUAACUUUUAUUCUUAUUAUUAUUCUAUCCAAUCUUUUUAUCUCUUAUUAUGUUAUCUUAGAUAACUUUUAAUUAGUAAUUCAGUUUACAGAAGAGGUAAAUUCAAUUUUCUGGAUUCCAAUUUUAUUCUUAACACUCAUCUUUAUUUAGAUUCAUAAACAUUAGAAGGUUUGGAAAUCUUUAAUGUAAAUCUUCAAACUUAAAUUACUAAUUCUGGUAGUUUAUUUAGUUAUUUGAAUAAAUGUGUAACUCAUUCUGGUAAGAGACUCCUUACUAAAUGGGUAUAAAGUCCAUUAUAGAAUUAUAAAUCAAUUAUUGAAAGAUAGUAAUGUGUUAAAGAACUUUGUAAUUUCAUGCCUGAAUGUUAUGAAUUCCAGAAAAGAAUUAAAUCAUUAACAGAUUUAGAGCGUGCAAUAGUUAAAUGUUUCAAUACAAUUCAUUCUCAUAAACUAAAGCCUGUUCCAUCUAAUAAAGGUGAAAAUAUAAGUAAAACUAAAUUAAAGGAAAUUAAAAAUGUUUUGAGCAAUAUUAGAUAGGCUGCUGAAGCUUUUAAGAUAUUUAAUUAAAAUAUUAAAUAAUUUAAAUCCCAAAAAUUGGAGGAAAUCUUUACUUAUAAAUAGAAUACUCAUAUUUUGAUAUAAUCACUUGAUGAAUUAGAAAAAUAUUUGAUUAUAGAAGAUAAUGAACCAAAACCUGUUUAAGGAAUCAAUCCAGAAUACGAUCAGACAAUGAAUAAAAUAAUUAAAAUUACUGAUUCAUUUUAAUUUGAACUUGAAAAGUGGAAGAAGAUGUUAGAAUGUCCAGAAAUUAAUUACAUUCAUUCAAAAAUAAGAUAUUAAUUAGAAAUACCUGAAAAAUAUGUUGAAAUACAUUAAAAACCAAAAGAAUUAAUAAUCACUUCAAAAAUACAAGGAUUUUUAAGAUUUUAGACACCAUUUAUAGAAGAAUAACUAUCUCAAUUAAGAUUGGUAGAAGAUGAACUCUCCUAAAAAUUACUUACCUUUAUUAAUGAAUAUUUCACUAAAUUCUAUACUUAUAGAAAAGAAUUCUUCUAAUUAAUUUCUUAUCUUUCAGAAGCUGAUUGCCUGUACUUUUAUUAAUUUAUUUAUUAGAAUUUCUUUAGCUCUAGUAUCAAAGGAAUAAUAAAAACAGGUCUCAUGUUUUCCAAAAAUAAAUAAGGAUUCUGAUGAAAGAGAUUUUAAAUUGAUUUAAGCAUAUCAUCCUAGUUUAUUAUUAAAUAGAAAUAUAGAAUAGGUGCCAAACACAAUUUCAUUUACUGAUUCUAUUGAUACUUUGUUAUUAACAGGUCCUAAUAUGAGUGGCAAAUCCACUUUGUUAAGAUUAAUUGGAGUUUCUAUAAUUAUUGCUUAAAUUGGGUGUGCUGUACCAGCCUAAUAAUUUUCUUUAACUCCUUUUGAUAGGAUCUUCUGUAGACUUGGAGCUUCAGAUAGAUUAUUAGAGAGAAAAUCAACUUUCUUUAUAGAGCUUGAAGAAACUAAAGCAAUAUUAAAUUAUUCUACUUCAAAAAGUUUAGUUAUAAUUGAUGAAUUAGGUAGAGGAACUUCAACAUAUGAUGGUGUAGCAUUAGCUUCUGCUGUUUUAAAAUUUUUAUCAGAAAAAGUAAAACCGAUUACUUUAUUUGCUACACAUUAUAAUAUUUUAUUAGAUGAAUUUGAAUUGUAUAAGAAUAUCAAACAAUGUGUUAUGUUAUAUUAUAGAGAAAACGAUUCAGUUAUUUUUAAAUACAAAUUAGUUGAAGGUGUUGCUGAAAAAAGUUUUGCCAUCAAUGUAGCAUAGUUAGCAGGUAUUUAAGAAGAAGUCAUAAGAAAAGCCAAAUAAAUGUAACUCAAAAUAACUAAAGAAGAAUCCAAGAUUAAUAAGAAUAGAGAGAUUCUUAAAAAGUUUAAUCAAAUCAUAACAUAACUAUAAUGA